CAAUCUCCGUGGCCUGCAGUCAGCGCGGUUGCUGAACUCGCUCCGGGCAGCGCGGGCGGCUCCGGGACUCUCUGGCUCCUCAGUGCUAAGGGCACCAUGGACGACAAGGAGUUAAUUGAAUACUUUAAGUCUCAGAUGAAAGAAGAUCCUGGCAUGGCCUCAGCGGUGGCUGCCAUCCGGACUUUGCUGGAGUUUUUGAAGAGAGAUAAAGGGGAGACAAUCCAGGGCCUGAGAGCAAACCUCACCAGUGCAAUAGAGACCCUGUGUGGUGUGGACUCCUCUGUGGCAGUGUCCUCUGGCGGGGAGCUCUUUCUUCGCUUCAUCAGCCUUACCUCCCUGGAAUACUCUGAUUACUCCAAAUGUAAAAAGAUCAUGAUUGAGCGGGGAGAACUUUUUCUCAGGAGAAUAUCACUGUCAAGAAAUAAGAUUGCAGAUUUGUGCCAUACUUUCAUCAAAGAUGGAGCGAAAAUACUGACUCAUGCCUACUCCAGAGUGGUCCUGAGAGUCCUAGAAGCAGCUGUGGCAGCCAAGAAGAGAUUCAGUGUAUACAUUACAGAGUCACAGCCUGAUUUAUCAGGUAAGAAAAUGGCCAAAGCCCUCUGCCACCUCAACGUCCCUGUCACUGUGGUGCUGGAUGCUGCUGUUGGCUAUAUCAUGGAGAAAGCAGAUCUCGUCAUAGUUGGUGCAGAAGGAGUUGUUGAAAACGGGGGAAUUAUAAACAAGGUAGGAGCAUCAGUUCUCCCCGGUUCUUUGCGCAGGGCCGGUAGAUGUCUGGCUGACCUACAGCACCACCACAGUAUGAUUGGAACCAACCAGAUGGCUGUGUGUGCCAAAGCACAGAACAAGCCUUUUUAUGUGGUUGCAGAAAGUUUCAAGUUUGUGCGGCUCUUUCCACUAAACCAGCAAGAUGUCCCAGAUAAGUUCAAGUAUAAAGCAGAUACUCUCAGGUCUGUGCAGACUGGACAAGAUCUCAGAGAGGAGCAUCCGUGGGUCGACUACACCGCCCCUUCCCUAAUCACGCUACUGUUUACAGACCUGGGAGUGCUGACCCCCUCAGCAGUCAGUGAUGAACUCAUCAAGCUCUAUCUAUAACCACGGGGCCCUCUCUUGCCAAUGUACAGCUGAGAUGAGCAGCCACGUGACCUCCCUGUGAGCCAGGCCAAAACUCAAUUGUUUUUUACUGAAGAUUUAUGGACUAAGGAUUUAAAAUCAUAAAUCUUAGAGAAUUUUUCCUAUUUCCGUCCCAUCUAAAACGUAUCCAUGGUUCUGAAACCCAAUUAAACUAUGCUUACAGUU